GCUGGAUUCACACCUGCGACACGGACUGCGAGAUACUCCAGACACAGCGCGCUGCAGAGGAGAGAAGAUGUCUAAGGAUAAUGAAGAUGAAACUAGUUACAAGUCAUCUACGUAUGGCAGCUCUGGAUGUACAGUGGAUGAUCUGACAGAUGGUCCUGAAAAGACAACUACGAUAGAUGGUCCUGAAAAGAAGACAAAGGCUCAAAGCCAUCACCUGAGUCGCCUCCAAAAACUUAGAGCGCAUCAGAAUGUUUGUGAAGAUCGAUACUUGAAGGCGCAACCAAAAAUUUUAAAAGAUGAACGUGAAAAGACUUUAUUUUUACAUCAGCGCAUGACAACAAAGUUCAACACACGCACAACAGAAGAAUCUCCUUCAAAUUCAGAGUUGAGUGAGGAUGAAUAUAUACCAGAGACAGAGGAAGAAUCGGACUCUGAAUCAGAGGGUUUAGCAGAACAUAAGAUCAAACUGCAUAAGAGAAGAAAGGUUAAGUCAAAAACAACAAGAGCUCAAUCUUGUAAAAAAAGGCGUGUGACAUGUUCUAGUUCCUUGUCUACCAGUGGCACCAAAGAAUCCUCUUCAUCUGAUGAACAUGAAGGGAGAGAAUGCUCUUCACCUGAAAAAAAUGACACCCAACAAUCCUCUUCAUCUGAUGAACAUGAAGGCAGAGAAUCCUCUUCACCUGAAAAAAAUGACACCCAACAAUCCUCUUCAUCGAAUGAUCAUGCAAGCAGAGAAUCCUCUUCGCCUGAUAAUUCUGAUGUGACUGUCAUGAUGCUAAAGAAAAAAACUGAUGACCGCAGACUAUACAACAAAAAGUCCUACUGCUUUUUCUGUGCUAAACCAUUCAGUAAAAUGGCACGUCAUUUGGAAUCGCAGCACAAAGAUAAGCCAGAGGUGGCAAGAGCUGUUGCAUUUCCGAAAGGAUCUAAAGAGCGAAGAUUACAGCUGAUUUUAUUGAGAAAUAAAGGAAACCGUUGUCAUAAUACUGAGGUGAUUAAAGAAGGAAAAGGAAUGGUGAUACCCCGACAGCAAUCCAAGGCACCAGUAAGAGCAAGUGAUUACUUGCACUGCGUAAACUGUGCGGCGUACCUGAAGAGAAGAUCCUUAUGGAGGCACAUGCAGAGAUGCCAUCUAAACCAGAAAGUCAAAGGAAUGAAGCCAGGAAAAACUCGAGUUCAGUCCCUUUGCAUGUAUACUGAACCAGUUCCAGAGAGUGUGAAUGCACGUUUUUGGAAAAUGGUGCUUGAAAUGCAUGAGGAUGAGAUAACAAAUGUUGUCCGCAAAGAGAAGGUCAUCUUAAAAUUAGGGCAACAUCUCUUCAAUAAGCAUGGCCAUGAUGUCACAAAACAUGAAUAUAUCAGACAAAAGAUGCGUGAGACAGGGCGCCUAGUCCUCCAAGGAAAAAAGAACGGCAAGUUGAAGGAGGUUUCAGAUUUCUUCAUCCCUGCCAAUUUCCCUGAUGUAAUUGAAGCAGUUCACAGUGUGGCUGGCUUGAAUGAGGAGACGAGCACAUUCAAAGCACCAUCUUUAGCGCUGAAGUUGGGACACAACCUCAAGAAGAUGGCCAACAUUAUUGAAUGUGAGGCAAUGAUGUCAGGUGAUAAAAAUGCCCUUAGCAACGUGCAGGCCUUUAAAAAAAUCUGCGACACUAAAUGGAGUGAGUGUGUGUCAUCUCAGGCACUCCGAAAUUUGAGCGAGGCAAAAUGGAACUGUCCACAACUUCUUCCCUUUGCUGACGAUGUGAAAAAAAUGCACCAGUAUCUUGACAGACAGAGUAAGGAAUACCAAGCAAAACUUGAAAAAGAACCAAGUAACAAGCACUGGGCAGAACUUGCAAAAGUGACACUCUGUCAGGUGAUACUUUUCAAUCGUAGAAGGGAAGGAGAGGUAUCCAAGAUGGCCCUUAAUGCUUUUAUAUUGAGGGAUACCUCAUCGACUCAUCCAGAUGUAGAGCUUGCUCUGUCAGACCUUGAGAAAAGACUUUGUAAGCACUUCCAGAGAAUCGAGAUAAGAGGCAAACGUGGACGAAAGGUCCCCAUUCUACUUACACCUGAAAUGAUGAAAUCAUUGGAGUUACUGGUGAACCAUCGCCGCGAGUGUGAUGUGCUUGAUGAGAAUGUAUUUCUGUUUGCGAGACCACAAGCCCUCAGCCACUUCAGAGGUUCAGAUGCUAUCCGUCAAAUAGCUCGAAGCUGUGGGGCUAAACAUCCAGAGGCAUUGUCCUCUACUAAACUGAGAAAGCACAUGGCCACGAUGUCCAAGGUCCUCAACUUGAAGGAUAAUGAAAUGGAUGACCUUGCUGACUUUUUAGGACAUGACAUCAGGGUGCAUCGGCAGUUCUACAGGCUACCUGAAGGUACCUUACAGCUGGCAAAAAUCAGCAAAGUUCUAAUGGCCAUGGAACGAGGUCAGAUAGUAGACUUCAAAGGAAAAAAUCUCGAUGAGAUCCAGAUUGAUCCAAAAGAGCGGGUACUGAUGGACAGUGAUGUAUCAGACUCUGAAAAUGAGAAAGAGAUGACUGGAAAUUAUCCUUCAAGUUCAGCAGGCAAAAACGAUAAACAACUGCAUCAGAUUGGCGAGGACUUAGAGGAACCACAUGCAACAAGCAAGAACGAUAAAAAACUGCAUCCGAUUGGCAAGGACUUGGAGAAACCACACGCAGCAAAGAAAUCUUCAAAAAACGCACGGAGAAAGUGGUCCACAGAAGAGAUCCAGGCUGUGGAAGAAACCCUGAUGGACUACAUCAGGUCUGGAAAAGUUCCUGGAAAAGCCCAGUGCAUGGAGUGCAUUGAAAGGUCCCCAGCAGCACUUCAAGGGAGAAGUUGGGAAGGGGUGAAAUUUUAUGUUAAAAAUCGCAUUGAUUCCAUGAAGCGUAAAAUGUAAAACGAUAGAGCCUUUAUCAAGAUGUUUUUCCCAUGUUUGUGGAUAGGAUCACAUUGGUUUGUUGAAAACUUAAACUAAAAGUUAAAGGGCCUUUAUAGGGCUGGGUGAUAAUUUUAUGUUAAAAAUCACAUUGAUUCCAUGAAGCGUAAAAUGUAAAACGCUAGAGUCUUUAUCAAGAUGUUUUUCCCAUGUUUGUGGAUAGGAUCGCAUUAGUUUGUUGAAAACUUAAAAUAAAAGGUAAAGGGCCUUUAUAGAGCUGGGUGAUAUAUCACAUGUGAUUAUUUAUGCACAUCUCAUCAGUAAAGCAGUUUCCAUUAUUAGUAGUAAAUCGCUAUCACCUGCUUUCCAAAGAUCUUCUUUCAGAUGAAGCAGCAUUUACUACACAGAGACGUAGUUUCCUGACAAGCUAUGCAAUAUCACAUUAAUUAUUGUAGGUGAUACGUCCGUGAUAAUGAAUGUGAUAUUGCAUAGCUUGUUAGUAAACUACGUCUCUGUGUAGUAAAUGCUGCUUCAUCUGAAAGCUUUACUGAUGAGAUAUGCAUGAUAAUCACAUGUGAUAUGUCACCAAGCCCUAGGCCUUUAUCAAGAUGUAUUUUUCCCAUGUUUGUUGUUGGGAUGUUAAAUCAGUUAAAUAAAGAAUACUGACUAAUCAAGAGAUC